GGGAAAGCGCGGGAAAAGCGACUAUCAGCCAUUCAGUUCGCUCGGCUCUUGCCUCAGUAGGCUCGCGACCGCCGCUAGAGAUGGACGGGUCCGCGCGCGCGUUCGUUUUCGCACUCGCGGCAUUCGCGCUCGUGGUCGCGCGCGCCCACAUGACGCCUCCUUCCCAUGACAACAUAUUACGGAUACAGCUAUGGGACGCUGAAGGGCUCAGCCGGGAAUCGGUUACUGUGGAAAAUCCUACGACCGUUAAACGUCAAAAAUUAAAAGUUAACUUGGACACUUUGUACGACGCGAUGAUGGGAGACGAGUAUCACGGCACUGAAAGGUUUGCGAGGCACAAAGUGAGACAUAAGAGACGGAGACCCCGGCAAAGCGGGACCGAUCUGCCAUGGAGGUUCCACUCGGGCUCUGGACUGACGAACGUGGAGGUGUUUAAUUAUGAUGUGCCCUGGGACGUGAUAGAGGAUAAAUAUUCUGGAAGCGUGAUUGCAAGUGCUGUGAGUGAUUCGAGUGCCCCAGUGAAUGUGGAGAGGGAUGUGUCACCGCCGAUGACGUUGCGCCAAGACGAGGAGGAUGAGGAAGUCAAGAAACAAUUGCCGGUGGUACCAAAAUGCUGUGCGAGCGGCCAAAAUCUCUCAAUAUCUUUUGAUGAAGAUGGAAAGUUGAAAUCCGUUUGUUCUCGAUCCACGCUCACCUUUCAACCGAUUUUCCAUAAAGCGAACGAAACACACAUUUGGAGCUAUGAUAGCAACGUAUUUGAGACGAUCGUUGGAAACCCCUGUACUUACGAUAGAUAUAAACUAGAACCUGAAAAAUUCAGCAAAGAUGAAUUUUAUCUUUUGUUCAAUGGUUCUCUAUUCGUACCAUUCAGUCAACCGCCACUUCUCGGUAAUAGAGAUUUUUGUAUGGAAACAUUCUGGAACGAAUCUUACCCAGCAGGAAUUACUCUUCCUUUAGUGUGUUUUACUUCACCUAUAGAAGAAGCGCAUACUUCAGCUACUCUUAUUGCAUAUGCUGUGGGUCUAAUCAUAUCAGUACCAUUUCUAAUAGUAACGGCAUGCGUUUAUAUAUUCAUAACUGAAUUGAGGGAUACCCACGGGAAAGCAUUAGCUUGCCACUCUAUUUGUCUUGCGAUAGCAUUUAGUUGCUUAGCUGCCACACAGCUAGCUGGUCACGCAUUUCCAGCGACGGCUUGUAAUAUAAUGGCGUAUCUGAUCCAGUUUUCGUUUGUAUCUUGCUUCUUUUGGCUGAAUGUUAUGUGUUUUGACACUUACUUAAAUGUACGGCGCUACAUACAUGCGUCAGUAACCAGAAGAAGCAUGAGGCGUAGGUUUACUUGGUACUGUGCAUACGCUAUAUUAUUCCCUGUAAUUUUACUGAUUGUAACGAUUACAAUGGACUUAUCGCCAGCCGUACCGAGUACCUAUUUGAAACCUAACUUUGGUGUAAAAGGCUGCUGGUUUAAGACGGAUCAAGCGGCGCUGCCCUAUUUCUACGGACCUGUGGCGGUCAUUCUCUUUAGCAAUCUCGUCAUAUUUUUGUUUACAUCACGAGCUUUUGCUAAACAUUAUGACAAACUCAAGGAUGUCACGCCGUUAGAUGUAGCGCAUUCAGACUUCAGUACAACAGAUGACUGGGUGAGACUUGGUACUGUAUUGGGCCAACCUGUGACAGUACAAGAGAGAUCAACUCCACCGCCACGCGAGACACAGGUCAACUUCAAUCAAAGACUAAAGAAAUAUAAGAAAAUAUUCCGCACGUGCUGUCUUCUAUCGGUGAUCAUGGGCCUAUCCUGGGUGUUGGAAGUGGUGUCCUGGGCUGCAGGAGCAGGCACGGCAGCUGUGUCUGUAUGGUCUAUCUUCGAUCUAAUUAACGCAUUGCAGGGAGUCGUCAUAUUCGUCAUCUUCGUCCUGCAACAACCCGUCCGUUCUUUUGUUAAGUUCUCAAAAUUAUGUAAAACCUGUAGAAGAAAAAAAGACGAUUCAGAGGUAUCAGUAGUAAGUGACAGAAAUAGUAUCGACUGCGGGUCGGGCCGGAGGGAUUACGUUUAGUGUGUGAUUACAAUGAACUAUGGAAAUGGACCAUUUGUAUGGAAUAAAUCAAUGUGAGCGA